AUGGCCUACACCUUUACGGAAGGGGAAAAGAGGUUUAUCCUCGCAGAGGCUAUCAAGACCAGUAACUUAGAUGUGGGCCAUAUGGUUGAAUUUCUGAAGUCGUAUCAUAUCGAGCCUGACUGGCUCAAGAUGCAGCUGCCGAGCGGUCGCACUAUGGAACAAUGCAUACAAGCUACCGAACAGAUGUUCCAAGGCCCUAUGAGGGUACCAGAUCUGAAGCGCAAAUCCAUGAGCGAUCUCCUCGAGCAGCCACCCAAAAGGUUGGCGGUGGCUUCUCCAAUGGAACCUCCAGCGCAACUUCCUCUGCCGUCACCUCUUGGUUCUGCACCCCAAAGUUCAGCUGCCUACUCGAACCCGAUGUCUGUUCAUUCGAUCUUACCAGCGCCUACGCAACUACACAACACGCAGCUUGCGAACAUACAGCCCAGGCCGAUCAGCUCUGGUACAGAGGUUGGAAUAAAGUCAAAUGGUUAUUCUAGCCCGAAUCAACCGCCAGCUGCGCCGCCUCCGCCCCGAAAGAGAGGUCGGCCAUCUCGAGCAGAUAAGGCCAGGCAGUUAAGACCUUUACUCCCACAACAUCUCACUCCCCUCGCGCCAGCCCCUCCAACGCGCCCCCCGGCGAGGGAAAGCCCAAGCACACCGGCAGAAGGUUCCGUUUACAGUUUGUCGCCGGGCCCGGCCUCAGAAACACUUGGCGAGCCUCCCAAACGGAAACGCGGAAGGCCAAGGUCAGCAGAUAAAGGUCAUCCGGGCGCCUACAGAACGGAGCAAUCAAGGACACAUUCGGGACGAUCAACUCCCGGCGAGCCGGCCCGCGGCCGGUCUAGCGAGGUGCCUCGAAACUCUUACACCGAACAUGGGAAGCUCUCAGAGUCUCAGAAGGAAAGGGCUAUUCCGCACAUUGGCCAUUUAACACAGGAAGGACUAGCAAGAUAG